AUGUUUGUUGUCAGACUACUGUUGCUAGUCGCUAAUCUCUGCAAACUCUUUGUAGACUCCACGCUUCCAUGUGGGCGCGUGUGGAGUAGCGUCAAAGCCCACGCAAUUCAAGUUCAGAACAGACCCCACCUGUUCGACGCCCCACCCGAUCUCGACAUCCGCCGCAGCGACUGCAAUAUUCACAGCUUGGGAAACCGCUGUUGCAAAGCAUACAGUCCCUCUUCCAUGGUUUGA